GAGGGGGUGGCCGCCUCCUCCUGUCCUCUGUUUCCCUUCUCCCUGUCCAGCUGCACAUUGACCUUGCUGGUCACAGAGGUGGUUGGCUUGUUCUUCAGGGCUCUACGAGGAGCUGGUCUGACCAGAGGUCAGGUUUUUUGCUGUGUGACAGACCUCUGGUCCAAUCUAGACUGUUGGUCUCUCACACUCUCUGGCUUGUGUCAUCACAGAAGGAAGGGGAGGGACCCAUAGGUCAAAGACCACGGCUGAAGGCCUGAGAUCUGAGGUAGGGCAGUGAGUCCUGGAGGAGGGAGAGGGUGGGGGCUGGUGAAGACAUGUUUCCAGUGCACAUAGAGGCAGUUAGUGUAAGACUGGUACUGACAGGAAUCGUGGGGUCCCCUCCUCGGACCAGGUGCCAGCCCUCACUAAUGUUAUCCCUGGCUGCUCUGAGAUCUGGAGGGAGGCCUAGGCCGCCUCUGCUGUCUGUGGCUUAUCUCCUGCCCAAGGGAUGCCCAGAGUCCCAGAGUUGGUCUUGGGCUCUGCUUUGCUCUGGUACUUUUGGCAUCACAAAAACUUGGGUCUGGAAGUGCUCCCCAAGAUCUGACCCUGUUCACCUCUCCUGGAAAGCCCUGCCAGUGGAAAAACAGCUCAGGGUCAAGUUUUUCCCAGAGGAAGAGUGUCUAUGGUGAGAGGGCCUAGACAGGAGACCCUAUCACCUGGAAAGUUCCAGCUCUGCUCUGCCCAUAAUGGUCUGUAACUUUGAGGUCACCCUGAAGAAUUGCAGACUCUCACUUCCUAGCCUGUAACCUAGGGUGAUAGCGUUUACCCUUAAGCAAGUGUGAGAACUGAGAACUGAAAAGAACCAAGGGCCCAUCACUGGGCCAGGCAUGGAGUAGGCUCUCCGGUUAAAGGCACCUUCCUCCUUUCAGAGCAAACCCCUUGGCCCACCCUGCUGAGAGCUGUUCUUCUAAAUAUGCCCAUUUACUAUGGAAAAAUGGAAGCCCAGCUAAGUUAAGGCCUUUGGUUUGGCUGGCUCCAGGACCUAGAAAUGCCCGCCAAGUCUGAGGAUGUCAUCUGUAUGGGGAGGAGGUGAGAAGCGGCCAGGCUCUGGUGGGACUUUCCCAGCACCCUCUGCAGGGAGAUGUGGCCUUGGGGACAGAAGCAGGGUGCAGGAAGACUCCCAGGGAAGGUGAUCGGUCACCCGCCGUGGUGGUCCUGCCUCCAGUGACUUCCUAACCUCUGGAGGUGGUGUGUCUGCUCUCCCGGGGUAGACUCACCACAACAGGGGUGUCGAGGCAAGGAGACUCAAGGAUCGGUGGGGUCUCGGCAGGGGCGGGGUAGACAUGGGCCUCAACCCCUUAGCAAGCUAGAAUGGCAACCCAGCGGGCAAGUCGGUCCAGGGGACUGAGGAUCCGCACUAGACUGGGGGCGGGACCGGCAGGCUCCCUGCCCCUUCCCCGCCCUCACGUCCCCCGGGGUGUCACGUGGGGCGGGCGGAAGCGCCGGGAGAGGUGGGCGCGCCCGGACCGCUGCUGCGAGUUGGUGGCGGCCGCGUGUGACAGACCGGGACCGGGACCCGUGUCCCCCGCGUGGAGUUCUCCUUGCUCAAAACAGCAUCCACCUCAGAGCACCAUGAGGAGCCUUCGGGAAUAGGAACAACCUCUCCAGAGGCCCGGGUGAACGUGGUGGCCGGUCUGAGCCUGGCCCUGGGCCUCUGCUGCCAGAAGCCAUGGCAGAAAGCAGCGAUGCCGCUCUGUCAGUAGCUGAGUGGCUUCGGGCGCUGCACCUGGAGCAGUACACGGCCCUCUUUGAGCAGCAUGGACUGGUGUGGGCCACCGAAUGCCAAGGCCUCAGUGAUACCAUCCUGUUGGACAUGGGCAUGCACCUCCCUGGCCACCGCCGCCGAAUCCUGGCUGGUCUGCUCCGUGCCCAUGCACCCCCCGCCCCCGUGCCUCGUCCUGCCCCGCGGCCUGUGCCCAUGAAGCGGCACAUCUUCCGUUCACCGCCUGUGCCCGUCACUCCACCUGAGCCGCCGCCCACGGCUGGAGAGGAUGAGGGCCUGCCUGCGGCCCCGCCUAUUCCACCCCGAAGGAGCUGUCUCGCACCUGCCUGCUUCACUCCCCCAUCCACAGCUUCCGCGGACCCUGUGCUGCCCCCACUGCCUGCCAAGCGACACUCCAUAGAACCAAGUGUUCCUCCUGUACCUCCUCGCACUGGACCCCCCUACCCACAGACCAGCCUUCCCUCUAAGGAGGAGGUAUUGCUGCCACAGGUGUCACCCCGUCCCCAACCAGAGCCUUCAGAGACCCUGUCCACCCUCCUGUCUGCCUUCCCCCAGGGGCCUCAGCAGCCUCUGUCUCCGGCUCCCUGUCCUCCUGAGAUCCCUCCCAAGCCUCCCCGCCUGCUCCCAGAGUUUGACGACUCUGACUAUGAUGAUAUCCCAGACGAGGGGCCGCGGGCCCCAGCCAACGUGAUGACCAAGGUGGGCAGGGAGGAGCCCUUGCCAAGCCGAGUCCCACGGGCCGUGCGGGUGGCUAGUCUGCUGAGCGAGGGGGAGGAGCUGUCUGGUGAUGAUGCCGAAGAUGAGGAUGACCAUGCCUCUGAGGGUAUCCCCAAUGGCGGGUGGCCCACCGGUGGCCUGAACCCACCCUUCCGCAGCCUGAUCCCCGAUCUCCCACCACACCCCAUGGAUGAGCUGCCUGGGGGCUCCACCCCCAUCACACCGGUCAUCAAGGCUGGCUGGCUGGACAAGAACCCACCGCAGGGGUCUUAUAUCUAUCAGAGGCGAUGGAUAAGACUGGAUGCUGACUACCUGCGAUACUUCGACAGUAACAAGGAUGCCUACUCUAAGCGCUUUGUCCCUGUAGCCGGCAUCUGCCGGGUAGCUGCUAUCGGAGACCAGAAGUUUGAAGUGAUCACAAAUAAUCGGACCUUUGCCUUCCGGGCAGAGAGCGAUGUGGAGCGGAAUGAGUGGAUGCAGGCUUUGCAGCAGGCAGUGGCUGAGCAGCGCGCCCGUGCUCGGCUCUCUAGUGCCUCUGUGUUGGGAGUUCGAGGUACUGAGCAGCCUGACCGUGCUGGCAGCCUGGAGCUACGAGGCUUCAAGAAUAAGCUUUAUGUGGCAGUGGUUGGGGACAAAGUACAACUCUAUAAGAAUCUGGAGGAGUUCCAGCUGGGCAUCGGCAUCACCUUUAUCGACAUGAAUGUGGGCAAUGUGAAGGAAGUGGACCGGCGCAGCUUCGACCUCACGACCCCCUACCGCAUCUUCAGCUUCUCAGCUGAUUCAGAGUCAGAGAAGGAGCAGUGGCUGGAGGCCAUGCAGGGAGCCAUCGCAGAGGCCCUGUCUACCUCAGAGGUGGCCGAGCGCAUCUGGGCUGCUGCCCCCAACAGGUUCUGUGCGGACUGUGGGGCUUCCCAGCCCGACUGGGCCUCCAUCAAUCUCUGCGUUGUCAUCUGCAAGAGCUGUGCAGGGGAGCACCGUGGCCUGGGGGCUGGAGUGUCCAAGGUGCGGAGCCUGAAGAUGGACAGGAAGGUGUGGACAGAAACACUCAUCCAGCUCUUCUUACAGCUGGGCAAUGGCCCUGGGAACCACUUCUGGGCCGCCAACGUGCCCCCUAGUGAGGCCCUGCAGCCCAGCAGCAGCCCUGGUGCCAGGCGAUACCACCUGGAGGCCAAGUACAGAGAGGGCAAGUACCGCCGCUACCACCCACUCUUUGGCAACCAAGAGGAGCUGGACAAGGCCCUCUGUGCUGCAGUGACUACCACGGACCUGGCUGAGACCCAGGCACUCCUGGGCUGUGGGGCUGGGGUCAGCUGCUUCUCAGGGGACCCCUCAGCUCCCACACCCCUGGCUCUCGCUGAGCAGGCUGGACAGACGCUGCAGAUGGAGUUUCUACGGAAUAACCAGAGCACAGAGGUCCCUCGGCUGGACUCAGUGAAGCCCUUGGAAAAGCACUACUCCGUUAUCCUGCCAACUGUGAGCCACAGUGGCUUCCUGUACAAAACUGCUUCUGCCGGCAAGCCUCUACAGGACCGCCGGGCCCGGGAAGAGUUCAGCCGGCGCUGGUGUGUCCUUAGUGAUGGGGUCCUGAGUUACUACGAGAAUGAACGGGCAGUGACACCCAAUGGGGAGAUUCGGGCCAGCGAGAUUGUGUGCCUGGCAGUUUCCCCUCUGGACACCCACGGCUUUGAGCACACCUUUGAGGUGUACACAGAGGGAGAACGGCUGUACCUGUUUGGGCUGGAGAAUGCAGAGCUGGCUCACGAGUGGGUCAAGUGCAUUGCCAAGGCAUUCGUGCCUCCCCUGGCUGAGGACCUGCUAGCCCGGGACUUUGAGCGGCUUGGGCGCCUACCCUACAAAGCUGGCCUGAGCCUCCAGCAGGCCCAGGAAGGCUGGUUCGCCUUGGCUGGCUCUGAGCUCCGGGCUGUCUUCCCAGAGGGGCCCUGGGAAGAGCCUCUGCAACUCCGGAGACUGCAGGAGCUUUCCAUCCAAGGAGACAACGAGAACCAAGUUCUGGUGCUGGUAGAGCGGAGGAGGACGCUGUACAUCCAGGGCGAGCGGCGACUGGACUUCAUGGGUUGGCUAGGGGCCAUCCAGAAAGCCGCAGCCAGCUUGGGAGACACACUCUCAGAGCAACAGCUUGGGGACUCAGACAUCCCAGUGAUUGUGUACCGCUGUGUGGACUACAUUACACAGUGUGGCUUGACCUCGGAGGGUAUCUAUCGAAAGUGUGGUCAGACCUCUAAGACCCAGAGACUGCUGGAGAGCCUGCGGCAGGAUGCGCGCUCUGUACACCUCAAAGAGGGAGAACAGCAUGUGGAUGACGUCUCCUCUGCACUCAAACGCUUCCUGAGGGACCUGCCUGAUGGGCUCUUCACGCGUGCGCAGCGCCUGGCCUGGCUGGAGGCCUCUGAGAUGGAGGAUGAGGAGGAAAAGAUCUCCAGGUACCGAGAGCUCUUGGUGCAUCUGCCCCCUGUCAACCGGGCCACCGUGAAGGCCCUUAUCAGCCAUCUGUACUGUGUACAGUGCUUCUCAGACACAAACCAAAUGAACACACACAACCUGGCUAUUGUGUUCGGGCCCACGCUCUUCCAGACAGAUGGGCAGGACUACAAGGCCGGCAAGGUGGUGGAAGAUCUCAUCAAUCACUACGUGGUGGUGUUUAGUGUGGACGAGGAGGAGCUGAGGAAGCAGAGGGAGGAAGUCACUGCCAUUGUGAAGAUGCGUGUGGCUGGCACUGCCAGUGGGACCCAGCAUGCCGGUGACUUCAUCUGCACCGUGUACCUGGAGGAGAAGAAGGUGGAGACUGAACAGCAUGUCAAGAUCCCGGCAUCCAUGACAGCAGAGGAGCUUGCCCUGGAGAUCCUAGACCGCCGCAAUGUGAGCAUCAGGGAAAAGGACUACUGGACUUGCUUUGAGGUCAACGAGAAGGAGGAGGCAGAGCGCCCAUUACACUUUGCGGAGAAGGUGCUGCCCAUUGUGCAUGGGCUGGGCAUAGACAGCCACCUGGUGGUGAAGAAGUACCAGUCCAUGGAGGCCAUGCUGUUGUAUUUGGCCAGCCGUGUGGGUGACACCAAGCAUGGUAUGAUGAAGUUCCGUGAGGACCGAAGCCUCCUGGGUCUGGGGCUGCCCUCAGGUGGCUUCCACGAUCGCUACUUCAUUCUCAACAGCAGCUGCCUACGGCUCUACAAGGAGGUUCGGAGCCAAAGGCCGUGGAGCGGGGCCCCUGAGACCAGUCACCGGCCUGAGAAGGAGUGGCCUGUCAAGAGCCUCAAAGUCUACCUGGGUGUAAAGAAGAAACUGCGGCCACCUACUUGCUGGGGCUUCACUGUGGUCCACGAGACAGAGAAGCAUGAGAAGCAGCAAUGGUACCUCUGCUGUGACACUCAGAUGGAACUCCGGGAGUGGUUUGCCACCUUCCUCUCUGUACAGCAUGACGGCCUGGUGUGGCCCUCAGAGCCCUCUCGAGUGUCCCGGGCAGUGCCCGAGGUCCGGAUGGGCAGUGUAUCACUGAUCCCUCUGCGUGGCAGUGAAAAUGAAAUGCGCCGGAGUGUGGCAGCCUUCACUGCUGACCCCCUUUCUCUCCUCCGUCAUGUCUGAGCAUAGGAGUCAUUCUGGCUCUGGGACACCGUCAACUGCCACUAGGAAGCCUUCCUGUUCAGACACCCUCGUGCUCUGUGUGCUUGGUGUGAGCCAACGGAACACACGGGGAAGCCAUACCCACACCCCACAUCCUGAUUGCAGCACAGGCUCCUUGGCUGGGCAGGAACAGGCCCUUCCCUGCUCUCCAGGCAUACAAUGCUCCUGACCUGGCUUGCUUACCCAGGCUCGCUCUCCUUGAGGUCGUGGGGUUGGAGAGAUGGGCAGAAAGCAGGAGCUUGCCAAGAGAGGCUGGAGGACUUGGGGCCCCGCUGGGAGGGAGCCCACUCCCUUCCCAUAGGCUCCAGAGCAGCAAAAAGGUGGUAAUCUGAAAGAACUCCUAGGGAGUCUGGGAGGGAGCUGGUGGGAAGCUUUACCAGCUCAAAGCUGGACCUGGGGUUGUCAGCUCACUUCUGGUGUGCGCUGCCGGGAGGCCCAGGCUGUGGCUGUCUGCUACCCCUCCCCCACUUUGGAUACUUUUUGAUAAUAUAAAUAUAUCUGUAUAUUUUA